AUGGAGGGUCGUCGCGCGGCGACUUUGGGCGUCUCAAUCACCUUCUUCAUCCUCGCCAGUAUCUUCGUUAUACUCCGAUUCAUUUCGCGCAUAUUCGUGGUCAGGAAAAUUGGGUUACACGACUGGUUGAUGUUGGUCGCAUGGAUUAUCGAUUUUGGCUUUUCAUUUUCACUUUUCUUCUCCGUGCAGAAAGGUCUCGGUCUCCAUUCUAAUGAGAUCAGACCGGAGGACGAACUUGCUUUGAAUACGGCCAACUAUGCGUUCACCGUUCUAUACAACCCGGCGUUAAUGGCUGUCAAGACCUCCAUCCUUAUUUUCUACCUGACCUUGACACGAAACCAGAAAGUCUUUCGAUGGGCCAACUUUGUGACCCUGGGAGUCGUAAAUGCAGCCGGCCUUGCAUUGACAUUUGUCAAUGUGUUCCAAUGUAGCCCCCUCAACGCCGUGUUUCUUUCCGACGUCCCGCCCAACGCGCAUUGCAUCGACAUUGUCACCCUGUACCUCUCGUCCUCUCCCGUGAAUAUUAUCACCGAUCUCGCUAUUCUCUUCCUUCCGAUGCCGCUUUUGACUGAAAUGCGCCUUCCAUUCAAACAAAAGAUCAUUUUGGUCGUCACUUUCUCCUUUGGUUUCUUCGUGGCCGUGGUCGACGUUAUUCGAAUUGCUUUUCUCCAGCGGGCUGCCAUCUCUCGCUCGCUAGAGCUCAAAUCCAUUCAUAUUCAAAACACCGAAGGGGUAGACUUCAGCUGGUAUGCAUCACUAUCUUUCAUGUGGUCAGUUGUUGAAGUCAACGUCUCCAUAAUUUGCGGCUGCGUCCCAAGUCUCAAGCCUCUUGUGACUCGUCUUGCGCCAAAGUUGAUCAAGAAUACCGGUGACACCUCUAAUGGCACACAAACUGGACGUUAUGCGAACGGAGAAACACCUGUUGCAGUGCCAUCGCCGGCUGCAACAGCAAUAAAUCCAAGACGAUCGUCCCCUUCUCCAACUGGAAGCCAAGCCAAAGCAACUCGUAAUGGUAGCGUCUUUACACGUCGGCACAGCUCUCGCAGCUCCAAUGAACCAAUAGACAUAUUGGACUUCUUGGGGCACCCUGAAACAGCCGUGACGCUAGACACGGAAGCAAAUACGCACACUAGCACAUCGUAUCCGCCCGACAUCACCUUCUUUGAUUUUGUCAACAUGAAGAACCCCCAAAGUAUGCUCAAGCUGAAUAAUCGGGAGUCAAUCGCGCCAAUUGCCUUGACUACUCUCCUAUUUUUCCUUUGGGGCUUUGCAUAUGGAUUGCUUGAUAUCCUGAAUACCCAAUUCAAAACCAUCGUCCACUUAGGUCCAUGGCAUUCACUGGGACUCCACGGUGCCUACUUUGGCGGAUACGUGUUUGGUCCUCUUUUGGUUGGUGGGCCUGUACUAAAACACUGGGGAUUCAAGUCCACUUUCAUGACCGGUUUAUGCAUCUAUGCCUGUGGGACCCUUAUUUUUUGGCCCUCGGCUGUUCUCACCUCGACACCUGCGUUUAUUCUUUCUAAUUUCAUCGUCGGUUUUGGCCUGGCGGUAUUGGAAACAGCAGCCAAUCCAUUCAUUGCGCUGUGUGGACCACUUGAAAAUUCUGAAAUUCGACUGAAUAUUUCACAGGGUGUUCAGGCCGUCGGAAGUGUGUUGUCACCCCUUUUAGCCAAGAGAGUUCUCUUCAAAGACGUCCGCGAUGUUGCAUCUCUGGUCGAUGUACAAUGGACCUAUCUCGGCAUCGCCCUAUUUGACGUGCUCUUAGCAGUGGCAUUCUACUACCUUCCAGUUCCCGAAGCCUCGGACAAAGACCUGGAAGAAUUGGCAAACAGACGCCGAGAAGAAAAUAUGACCAAGGUAGUCGGGGUCCCAGUUGUUUGGCUGACCCUAGGUCUGGGUAUUUGGUCCCAAUUCUUCUACGUGGCCGGACAAGAAGUAUUUUCAACAACACUUGCACGUUUCGUCGAAGCCGCGCACCCAGAUUCUUCCCUAACCUCUUUCGACUUCCUCACAAUCGGCCACAGCGUCUUUGCCGUUGGCCGUUUUCUCGCCGCCUUCGCGCAGUGGUUCCUCAAACCCCGCUGGAUUCUCAUGGUCAACUACAUCGGCAUGAUCGUCUGCGCCGUUCUCUGCAUGAAGCUAGACGGCUCCGCAGCAAUCGUCAUGGCAAUGCUAGUCUACCUCUUCGAAAGCGGUACAUUCAGUAUCAUAUUUGCCAUCUCCUUGCGCGGCACAGCCCAACACACAAAAACAGCCGCUAUCAUGUUAACAAUGGCAAUCAGCGGCGGAACCUUCUUCCCUUUCGCAAAUUACGCAGCCUACCUAAACAACGGCGAAUCCUACUCCUUCUCCGUCCUCGUGGCCCUCUUCGCCGCCGGCGCCAUCUUCCCUAUAUACCUCAACCUCGUCCCAGCCGUGAAGAAACAAGUUGAUCCCGUCCCGAACGAGUACCUCCGUCGCCAUCGUCGCCGACCACGCGCCCACCUCGACACAAUGCCUCGCGAGAAAGACAAUCCUUCUCUAGGCGGCGUGUUCUCCCGUCCUCGCAGCUUGGUUUCGAACCCCGAUCAUCUACCUGACCUCCCCUUCCCCGAGGAAAUCCACCGAACUUCACUCGCCAAUGAUCUCCUCGGCACAACAUCAAAUUCGAGUUCCGCUUCGACGUCGAGAUCGAAUUCCCACGCCAACUCGAUUUCGUCGCGUAUUUCAGUCCCUAAUCAAAGACCCUCGACCCGAAUUCAUGAUACAUGA